AGCAACUUACUGAACCGGGCGCAUCGCCAAUGCCAUCAGGCAAUCAUACGCCUACCACCAGCCAAGGAGUUGCACAACACUCUCAUCUCUAAUUAUACACCCGACAACAGCACGGCGUGGAGCGUGCAGCAACGGCGAAGAACAGAAGGGUUGAUUGCGAACGGAGGAGAGAUUCAAGAGCAACAGGUGUGUGAGCAUGACACAGGACACACAGGUGUGUGUGUGAAGGGAUGACUGAUGGACAUGCAGCAUGAAGACUAGAGGCACAGGUGUGUGGAAGAGGCAACAUAUCAAGAUGACCUUGAGUGUGUGACAGUUGCCAAGAGACUAAUGGCGGGUUUGACACACGAUCUCCGGACCAGCUCUAUCUCAAACAAAGGCUAUGUAUUCUUGGAGUGAAUGACAGGCAAGGUGAGGCAAUGAGCUUCACAACAAGCCCGGCUCUGGUCCCACACAGGGACAGCCUCCCGUUUAAGAAGAGAGACCAAAGAGUGAGCUCCCCUCAGCAGCAGCAGCUGCUGCAAUGCGACGCCACAAACUUCAAGGCACCCUAUCCGUACAAGAGCCACACCGACUUAAAGACGAACCACAUGGGUCUGUUUCGGCCUGUGCCGAGGCGGGUCACGGCCCUGUACCAACCCUGGAUGCAGGUACAACCCCCUCCCAGGCCCAAACAGCACAUCCCGUCCGCCUUCAGAGAGCACCACGGCUGGGCAGAGUGGAGAGACUUCAGUCCUCUGCCUCCCAGAUGGGACUUUUCCCAUCAGUACCAACUGCAGAACCAUUUAUCCGGAGCACGGGCUCUCCACUCUGGAUAUCCAAACUAUGUCUCUAGACUCAGCGCGGGGUCUCUGGUGUCCGAGGGCAUCCAGAGGGGGAGCGGAGGCUGGGAGAGGCUCAAAGUGUUAAAAGACAAAACCUAUGGCUCUCACAAAGGUCCCUAUGCCAGGAGAGGAGAAAGAAGAACUGAUGAUUUGCACAGAGCUGAAAGAGGAGGCGCUUACCUACCUCACUCCACGCAUGAGGACAACACUUUGAAGCACAGUUCAUUGUUCAACUCUACAAAAAUUACAUCUGGACAAUCCCUCAUGAGAGUUUCCCCCAACAGCCUAAACGGCACAAGCACUCCCAUGAAAGAAAACAAGCAGAGGUCUCCUGUGGUGCCCCUGUCCACUCCCACCGGCCCUAACCGCUUCCCCUGGCUGCUGCCCCACUUCGUCGCCGGGUCCCUGAUUGAGCUCAGAGAUGGCCGGCUGAGGAGGGUGGAGAACCUGCAAACCGAGGACUUCCUGCUCGGCUCUCUGGCCUGCCCGGACCUGCGCCUGAGCUGCUGCACGGUGCAGAGCAUCUCCCCUUCAGCCGCCUCCUCCGUCUCCCGCCUCCUCAUCCUGCUUCACGAGCAGCAGUCCCAGGAGCUGGUGGAUGUGUACGUGGAGUAUCCUUUCUUUGUGCGCGGGCAGGGCUGGUCGUCCUGCAGCCCCCAGAAGACGGCCCGUCUUUGCGGCCUGCAGUGCCGCCAGCUCAGUGUGGGAGACGUCUGCUUGGCCCUCACGCCCGUCUCCGCUCCCGAGCCGCUGCCGUCAGACUCCCCCGGGCCAAAAACUGGCCCCAAAGAACCCAAGGACAGUCUUGAUUCCCCAGAGGCAAACGCUGCGCUGUGCAGCCAGGUUCUACCCGAACCGAAGGAGCUCUCAGGGGAGCAGAGAACGGGGACAAAGGCGUCCCGCAGGAGGCACUGUUCGGCCCCGUGAAAUUCAACCACUAGGGACGCGGUUUUCAAAUGAUAUAUUGUGCCUUGCAAAAGCAUUCACACCUUUUGAACUUUUUUACACUUUGGCACAUUAAAACCACAAACUUAAGAGUAAUUUCCUAGUGACUGACCAAUACAAAGUAGCACAAAACUGAAAAGUGGAAAGAAAACAGCAGGCGAUUUCCAUUAUUGUCAGAGGUGGGUUACAUUUACACGAGUAACUUUUUUAGGGAAAAAAUGUAUAGGAGUAGUUUUAGCUGACUGUACUUUUUACUGUUACAAGUAAUAUGAACUAUUGCUACUUUUUCUUUUUUAGAUUUAUUUUCCAUUUAAAGAAACUGACUUCAGAGAUAAAGAUUUUUAGAUUUCUGCUACAUCUGAGCUAACGGUUAUGCUAAUCUGAGCGUAAUUACUCAGUUUUGUCUUAUUGCUUAAAUUAAAUCCUCCUUUUACUGUUUCCCCCAGCAAAAUUCCUCUGGAGCCAGGUCUGGUGCACCAACACUGGUUCCAGCCCAGGGGCCCACAUCCUUGUAAAUCUGGCCCCAGUGGUAACACUUGGAAAUUGCUGAUCGUAGACGGUCUGGCUGAGCUUUAGCUGUUCUCACAAGAAUAAUUAUCCAGAAUUUGCACAGAUGAUAGAGACAUGGCCCAAAAAACUUUCAGCUGUAAUUGUAGCAAAAACUACAACUACAAUUUGUUUUAUUUCUGAAACAAAAACAGAACAUGGAAACCAUCAGCAUUUCUUUUUGGUCCACCACACAAACUCCUAAACAAAAAAAGGCACUUGUGGUUGUAGCGUGACAAAAAUCGGAAAAAUUUCAGGGGUGGGAACGGUCUUGUAAGGCACUGUUAAUCUGGGAUUUCUUUGGAUUUGUGCUGUGAUCAGCGUCUUGUCUUUCUACCUCCUGGAUCAUGCUUCUGUGCUUGACUUGUCAUCUUUAUUGGCUUUUAAGUAGUGUCAGCUAAAGAGGACAGCUACGGUGAGCUCACCUCUCAGGGUUAAAGGUCAUGUAAUAUGUCGUUAAGUGAUAACGGAGAACCAAAGCAUGAACUGAUGCUGCCUUGGUGAGUUGCACUGUUCCGACUUAAACUCCUUUUCUUGCAAUUCUGACGAUAUCUGCUCCUUUGUGGGAUUUCUGCCUCUCAGGUCUUUCACUGCAUCUAAAGUUCAACCCUCUACUGCCAAAUAACAUGUGAACCGACUGAUUCUGAACUGCAACACUUGUAAAGCUUCGUUCUACCUCUCUCUUCAAUGUAGGAUCUGUGUUUCUGACUUGUGUGGGCUGUGACGUGACACGACGGAAGCACCAAGCAGAGAUACUUGAUUUUUUUUUUCUGGUUCUUCGAAGUUGAAAUUGUGUAAAAAAAAACAAAAAAAACAACACCACACAAAUAAUUUUUAAUGGGAUGAAAUUAAAGAGUGAAUCACGUGACUUCAUCUGUAAGCAUUUGCACCCACUUGUUAUCUCUCUUUGUUUUCAUUUUGUAGCUGACAACAACUGGAUGAAGAAAGCGUUUAUGAUCUUAUACAGAUAAAAUGGAAAAAUGCAACAGCGACGAGUUUAGCGAACAAAUUCCAUUUGAGUUAGGAGUGGGACGAAAUAUCAAGUGAUCAGUUUUUAUUCACAUGCAUAAAUAGGGCUGGAUUCACGUCAAAAAUAUAAAUACUGGCGAGCAGGUGUAGUUUUUGACCCGGACAAAAACUACAACUUCACACCAAACGCAUCUGACUCUUCAAGUUUGACGCGUGUGCACUUUGAAUGCAGACAUUUUGCUCUACACCUAGCGUUAGCCGUGUCAAACGUGUCAAAAUCCCUCAAGCCGUUGUUUUCCGUUGCUGGCCUAUUUGUCGCACACAUUGGACGCUCUUUACGCGCCAAACGGUUCAAAUCGCGCCAUGCUAGAAGCCUAAAACGCUCCAUGACGUGGCCUCGACGUGCCUCCACAUACACUUUGAAUGUUAGCCAGACAAGCCUGGCGCUCAAAACACGUUUGAUGUGAACGCACCAGAAGAAUAUAAAUAUUAUUAAAUCACGUUUUCAGCUGCGACCAGAUCCACAUUUUUCGUUGCGUGCAACUAUGCUAACUAAGUGUAAGCGCUAUUAGAAAAUAUGGCUGCGCAUGAACCUAAACAGCAAUGUUGAAGUUGAGGCCUAAUUCAAGACCUCUAAAGAGAUUUUACGCUGGGUUUUUUUUUUUUUUUUAAAUCGCCAGGUCGGCAUCUGAUCUCUAAUUCAAAAUCUAAGAGUUACUAUUCAUUGAACUAUUCCAUGCUUUUAUUAUUAAUCCGUUAGUCUUUCUCUGCACACACAAAAGAGUAUAUUUUCGCAGCAUUAUUUUAUUUUGUUGCCUAAUAUUGAGAUCAGUCUGAAUGAUUUGACACCACUAACAUAUUCUUUUUUGAAAUCUUAACUCCAUUUGCUGAAACAUAAAAAGAAGAAAAAUUUCAAACUGAGCCAUCCAUCCAGCUAGAUGGACUCCAAUUUCACAAUUUCUAACCAUUCUCUUAUAUUUGACCUUUUGUUAAGAUUUGCAAUGAUUUCCAUAACUCACCAAAGAGCUGAUUUGGUUCACGUCUCUGCAAAACUAACUCACAGAGAGGUUUUCAAUCCACCUUUGCUUUGUCUCCCUCUUCAUUUCUUGAGCUCCUGAUUGAGGAAAUGGCACCACCUGCAGCUUUUUGUUCAAUAAAUACUUCACAGAACCCAGGCGUAGCAGUAGAUUUUCCAUGUUGUUCUGCAAACAAACACACAUGAAGUGACACCAACUCUCUGAGCCGAUAGGGUAUUUAGCUGGUUCCAGUUACAUAAUUAACUUAGUUUUUGUUUUUGUGCCAUUUCUAACCCAAAAGGACCAUGUGUGAAUGUUCUUGUAGAUAAAAACACCGCCUGCAUCCGCUGUUUCCAGUUGACCUUUUUAAUCAGGCAAAGUUAAACCUCUGCAGCUUUGGUUUGAUACUUCAGGGCAACUGUUGUUUACAGGUAAUGGACACUAUAAAGAUGAAUCACUGCAACCUUGUCCAUCUACACUGCCAGGUGGAAAACAUGUCGUCAACUGGACUUAACAAAGAAAAUAGGUAAGAGCCUCCCACCGGAUAAUUACAGCGUGGAUUGUAAGUUUAAAGCAGGUGGCAAGUUAUUUACCCUCAGUAGUGCGAUGAGUAGUAUCUCAUUUCUUGAACAACCAUGUAAGAAAACGCAUCAUGGAAAAUGUGGCGAUGGGCUCCAGGAAGCUCAAAUUAUUGGCCUGUAUCAAGCAAAGGCAAAUGAUCGCUGGAACUACUGAAAUGGAGUCAACAACCGUCCAAUGCAUUUUUAAAAUUGGGAUCAAUAUUAAGAAGAACCAUCAUUUUUAUGUAAAAAAUAUUUUUGGAAAAAAUGAUCACGAUUGUUUUCUUUCAUAGAAAAAGAUUACUUAAAGCUAAGGUAUGUCGCUUUUAUAUGUAUGUACAUAUAGAAAAAGAUGUUUUUACAUAUUUGUUUAAGUUAUCACCCUGUGACAGAUAAUCUGUGAUAAACUUUCUCCUCUGUCUUCUCCCAGUGUUCCCAGUACUAACUGCAGAAAUACACCACACAAACAGCCAAUCAGAGCCCGAAGGAGGGUCUUAGCGCUGUCAAUCACUCAUGUACGAAUGCCACUCACACCCUUCCCCUUUCUCUCUAGACUGGUUGACCACAUAGCCUGCCAUGAAUGCUGAGGCUAGCUAACAUGGGCUUCGAUGAUGGUGGAUAAAUGGUUUUCCUGGAACGGUAAAUUGUUUCUCCGCCAUUAACACAUUUAGCAGCACGUAGACGAGGAUGAUAGACAGCACUAAGACCCUUCUCCUGUCUCUGAUUGGUUGUUUUUGACUGGGAGCGGUGCAUCUCUUCAGACAGCAACGGCAGCACUGGGAGGAGUUUGAUCGUUUCAUAACAAAUACGGAAAAAAAUUACUUUUGUAAAAGUUACAUCCUGUGGCUUUAAGCUUUUCAUGAAAUUAAAUUGUUAAAAAAUGAAACAACUCAAGGCUAUGUUCAGUUGUAAAAGUAAAAAAACAUUUCCACACGCACAACGCGAAGGAAAAUCAAGGGAUUAGAAUUAAACAGCUGUGUCCCCUUAAAAAA